AUGAGACCAAGAAGAAAACACUGCAACACUAGCAAAGCCUCCACCCAAACAACCCGGGAGUCUCGUAUACAGGAAAAGGUAUACGGCAAUGAUUCAAGGGCGAGCAGUGAGGAGGACCUUGAAUACAAAGAGGGGGAGUGUCGGAGACAGGAAAAGGUGUAUGACAAUAGUUCAAGUGUGAGCAGUGAUGAGGACCGUGAACACAAAGAGGCUGUCAAUGUGGGUUGA